AUGCAUCAACAAGCCCGAGUACCUCCGAGACUCGCUUCGCCGGCAAGGUCCCCGAUGCGAUCGGGUAGCCUGAGAGACGGCGUAUCGGGAUCUCGGCCACGAGCGGGAUCAAAUCUAUCGACCAGGGAUUAUACAAGCUCGCCGAUGAUGGACCAAGGAGAGCUGCCGCCGGAGCGAGGAGGAGGGCUGCCGGACCAAGCAGGGCUGCCGGCCGCAUCAGUCAAGAAGCUGGAUCAAAUAGUCCAGAAUUUUCACACCAAAAUCGCUGCAGUCGUCGUUGCCUCGCGUAUGAAAGUAAAUCCAGUUUGCGGUACCAGUGGAGUACCAAAAAUCAAUAAAUGGACGGGGAGGCUUGAUGGGCUGACUAUUGUGCAACAACAGUUUCAACUCGAAACCGAGGAGAUUGACGAGUUCAAGGAAGAGCUGGGGAUAUGGAAGAACAGUGGUAGUCUCGAGAACCACCCGCCGCCAAUGGAAAUCGAAAUCUAUCUUGAUGCGUCAAGCCUGAAGGAGAACCAGAGCCUUGUAAUCAUCGAUGAGGAUGGAAAGCGAUGGGACGUUCUAGAGCAGCUCACUUCAUCAACAUCUUCAAGUGGCAGCGAUUCCCUCACCACGGUGAGAAGGCCUACAGAGGUAAUACUCGAACGGUGGCGGGUGGAAUUGAAGACGACACCCGACAGGCAUUUGGACGACUUUGGACCCAUCUUACCGACCAUUUACAAAAAAGCCAUUGUCUUCUUCCGAUCUCUCUUUGUAGCUACCAAGUUAUUACCAGCCUGGAAAUUUGCUAGCCAAAGCAUCGCCAAGAAUUCUCACCCUGCUCUAAUUCCCCAAUGCAGGAUCCACAUACCAAACUCUGAUAGACCAAGGCCUGAUCUACUGAAGAAUCCCAUAGAUGGAAGGCGGGACGCAGUUACGGAAUACAUGUUUGGAGAUCUUGAAGUGCCGGUGGGACGGCUAUGCACCAGCGUCAUUUACCGAAACGAUUGCACAUUCCGCGUUGACGACUCAGAGUCGCUUCUGAGCUCCCGCUUCAUGGGAGUUGACGAGAAUUUCUUCAAGCCAUCAUUGCCACAGCGGCACAUGGCUGAGGUUGGAUCGCUCAAGGACCACCGUCGGGGAGUGAGUAUGAACGAUGUUCAACAGACGUAUGGUAGUCUAUCAACCUUCCACGGUGAUGGACCGAUGGGCACGAGUCCCAUAUCAGCACUUCGCAAUGUCAAGCCGCCAGGUUCAGAUACGAGCUCUCCCCCAGCAUCACUGCCUCGCCAAACUGAUGCCGGGGUGGCUCCUCAUUCACUGCCGACAUCUGGAGGGCGAGCAUCUGCGGCGCGGCCCACGGUCCGCGUUGGGGAUGAUCGAAGAAGACCAUCCAUAUCUUUCCAACCAUUUAAAGCCGGCUCCCUCUCUGGAUCUCCUGUUCCCCGACAGAGUGAGCCAGUGUCGCCUGCAUCACAUACUCGACCUAGUUUACCAUCGCUCCGGCAGCCAGGAAACCGAUCUUCGUUAACCGCGGGCAUGCCAGCUUCUCUUCGUGGAGGGCCGGCAGCGGUAAAUGCCAUUGAUUCGCCUACAACAGGCUCUCCGCGCCCGGCAUCUGCUAGUCGAUAUAGCAGCAGCUUUACACACCGGAAAGGGCGUUUGUCAAUUGGAGCCACGAGCCGGGCAGGCGAUGAAGAACAAAACAGCAGUGGGAGGCAGAGCCUAUCUUCGUCAAUUGUGCAGCCUGGCUCCGGAUUUCUUGCCGAGGUAGGGGCUGGAAGCUAUAGUUCUCUCCAGACCGAUGAGGAUGAUAUUUCCGACUUUUUAAAGGCUCUGGAUAGCAAAAAGACACUCAAGUCAUUUGAGCCGACGACAAAGAAGGGAGAGUCGGCGACGAGCAGGACGGUCGCUCAGCUGUCCAAAUUCCAUAUGAUGAAGGAUUCGAACAAUGCCCUUACGGAGUCGAUGACAUCCUCGAUGCAGCUCAACCGCUCCUCGACCGUUUCUAGCAGACAGCUCAACAAUUUUGGCGGUAUUGGUGGACCGAUUGCGGUAUCUACAUCUACCUCUCCAGGCAAGCCGGUGUCACCGCACACGCCGCACACCCCCGCGAUACCAUCUCGCUUAAGCGAAAACUCCAUCAUUGACUAUGCCCCAACCUACAAGAGGGUAGAGCCUCCAGAACGAGGAGAGGGACAGUCGCCCAAGGCUACUCGGUCCCAGAGACAAGGAACUACGACUCAAGAUGGCACAACUGCAAUUGACAUUCCUCUGUCUCCCAGGCUGGGCACUUAUCACCGCCGGUCCAGCUCAGUUGCUCAGCAGGUUCGAGCUAUAACCGAUGAUGAGGAGACUGACUUGCCAUUCGCUACACAUCGGAGUAUUAGUCUUGGGGCAAAUGAUAGAGAGCCCCCAACUCUGAGCACUCUUCUCGGCCGACAAAUGGAAGAGGAGGGCUCCGGGCAACAGGAGGGCGCAUUGACCGCGCUUCGCCCAACAGCCGACAUGCCAGCCUCCGAGUCAUCGGAGAUGAUUCAGCGAGGCUCAGUGAGCGAUACGCCCCCGGACGCAUUUAUUUCAGCCUCGCAGUCGAGCUUUUCCUCACAGCGACGGCGGUAUGCCGGCUUGACUGGCCGCCGCCGAAACACGCCUCGAGGCAGCUUCAAUGGGUCGACUGGUAGGCUUGGCCGCUCAGAUGAAGAAGCCGUUGGCGAGGAGCCGCUAGUAUUUACUCUUUCCGAGAUGGAUGCAAUGGGAAGGCGAAGCCUAGAAGAGCGCCGCGGAAGUGGUGCCGCGUCCAAUGAGCGACCUGCCUUUGAGCCGCGAGGUGUGACUCGAAGAGGAUGGGCUGAGUGAAUUGUUUAAACUCAUCAACUUUUUUUUUCUUACACUUUUUCCUUGCUUCUGCUAACUAAAGAUUGGUUGAUUGAUUGAUUGAUUACUACAGAUUGGUUGAUAGAUACAUCAUCUUGCUGAAAUCCCCUCCAACGCCGAGGGCUUUUUCGCGAUAACGCUUUGUUAUAAUGAAUGGUUUGGAUACUUGGGGCCAGAGCUGGCGGCGUUGAUUGGUUUCUCUCAUAAAAUUGUCUCUUUCUUCUUCUUCUUGCUUUUCUUUUCUUACUUUUUAUUUUGGAUAUUGGUGACAAGGAAGCCACCUCAAUGGCACGGAUAUCUGGAGUUACUCUUCAUCUUCUUUUGACCAUCUGUUUCUAUUUGUACUCAUCUCCGCAUUAUCAAUUGUACCUGCUCUCCUACUCUACACGUUACUCUUUUUCUUUCCUUGUGAGCGGUUUGUUCUUUUCUGCUGUGUUGUUACUAGUUUUACUACCACCCCCACUCCCCUUUCGGGGAAUGGAUCUGGCCUGAAGGAGAGAGCCUGUGUAUAUAUCAACUGGUAGCGGUUGAAUGAUAUGGUUUGGACAGGUGUUGGUUGGGUCUACAAUGAGUGCAGCGCUGGAACAUAUGGCGGCAUUGAGUGUGAAGUAGAUGAGGCUACCUAUUGAAGGGCUCGGAUAUGAGCUGCUUAUUACCUCGGCGGUGGUAUGCAGUUUCAUCGCCUCUCUUUAGUCGAACGGCAUUACUCUAUGCCUGGAUAUGUAGUAUCUAUUUUAAAUCUAAGUGAAUGCAU